AUGUCAAAUGAUGGCUUUGGCGACGAGGAAGAUGGGGACUUGUCUCUUGAGAAUGCUGAUGGCGGCAAUGGAGACAAUCCAACAGCUGAAAAUCUGGCUGGAUAUGCUCCUUGUUGUACACAAGAGUACCUACUUCUAGCACUAAAACCAUUCCGUCGCGGAUCCAAAUUGCAAAGAGUCCAUGUAGAAAACAAAGGAACCCCAGCAGCUGGAACUCCAAUCCAAAGCGUUGCCAUAGCGCCACGAAUGGCAACGCCAACGCCCCCAGCAAAGCAGAGGACCGCCACAGCCAGUUCAAACAAGAAAUUCAAGAAAAGUGCUACCAACAAAAAGCGUCCAAACACUCCACCAAGCGACGGCCAACCACUUGAAAGUGCGACAAAGAAGAGUAUCAAACAGGAUUACCUAAAAUCCUUUCUUUCGGAGUCAAAGAUCCAAAUGGAUUUGGAAGUGUCAAAGACUCAGAAACGUCAUGAGGAGACAAUCGUUUUGAAGAAGGAGGAAAUAUCACAAAACGAGAAGCACUUCCGUUUGCGCUUUGAGGAAGAACGGAAGGUAUUUAAACGCAAGGCCAUUGAGGAGGAGGCAAGCUUCAGGAAAGCAUGUCUUGCAGAGCUCCAUGAGCUCCUUUCAAACAAACGCAGUGAUAGAUACAUUCAGAAAAUGCAUCCGCAUCUGAUUCCUUUUUCUCAAACAGUACCGUGA